CAUUAUUAAUCAAAGAACCGAUCGCUGCCCAUUUUUUGCGACAGUUCAUCUGGGAAUCCUUAAAACAUCAUCAUGACUCCCGAACAGUCAAAAGCGUUUAAACAUUAGUAUGCGGUAACAAAUGUUUAAUAAGUUUAACGUUUAACAAUCGCACAAGGAUUAUCCCCUCCCUCAUCGCCGGGGACUUAGUUAUUUUAUAUCAGUGUAUUUUAAAUGGCGGCCGAGUUAACUUUUCGUCGCGUAUGUGGUCUUUGGGCUAAUGUGAACAGGUGAAUAGACUCGCGCGCGCGGUAAUUUUCGCCUUUUUGGAUUCGAGGUUUUUGCGGUAGUGACGGUGAGUGAGACGUGUAGAUUUUUUGUUUAUCGUAGCCUUUUAAAUAAUUAGAUGACAUGUACUUAGCACUGUUGCUACCACUGCUGUUCAGAGAAGGCACAUCGAAUGUGAUAUACUCCAAUGCAGAUAAUGAAAUCAACCCAAAUGUCUCAAGCACUCCCCACUCUUACAUCGAGUACGUCCUGCUAGACUCUCCGCACCCUUGUGCUCGUACCUGCGUUCUAGGAGCACCGCCUAUGAUAUGUCGGUAUUACUUCGAAGUCGAGUGGUACCAUACACUCAGCAAAGCUUGCUAUGAUUGUCCCUACAACGUUGAAGACUGCUUCCGGAAAGACUGCGUACCUGGAGAUGGCAAUAAGAGGUCUAUUGUCACUGUUAAUAGGAUGAUCCCGGGACCUCCAGUACAGGUGUGCCAUAAUGACGUAAUAAUAGUCGACGUCACAAACAAGCUGAUGAGCGAAGGGACAACCAUUCAUUGGCAUGGUCAACAUCAAAGAAGUUCGCCAUAUAUGGAUGGCGUCCCAUACAUAACGCAGUGCCCAAUUCUGCCUCAUGAUACCUUUAGGUAUACCUUUAAGGCUGAACAGGUUGGGACGCAUUUUUGGCAUUCACAUAUAGGAAUGCAACGUGUAGAUGGCGUAUACGGUCCCCUGAUCGUUAAGGAGCCCGAAGAGGAAGAUCCGGUUUCCCAGUUCUACGACUUCGACCUACCUCAACAUGUGAUGAUGAUCAUAGAUUGGGAGAAGCAGACGAGUAUGGACAAGUUCCUGGCGCACCAUCACAACGACGAUGACAAUAAGCCUACCACGUUGUUAAUCAAUGGGCUAGGCAGGUUUCAACAGUUUAUUUCAGACACCAACGAGACUAUUUAUACACCGACGGCGAGGUUUAACGUCGAACAGGGCUAUAGAUAUAGAUUCAGAGCUAUCAAUGCUGGGUUCCUGAACUGUCCCAUAGAGAUAUCAGUAGAUAACCAUACGUUGACUGUUAUCGGUACAGAUGGUGACAGCAUUAGGCCAGUUGAAGCUACUUCGGUUGUAACAUACGCUGGCGAGCGUUUUGACUUUGUGGUAACAGCUAACCAGGACAAAGGUCUGUACUGGAUCCGAUUUCGAGGUCUUAUGGAUUGCGAUGAGAGGUUCAAAAGGGCACAUCAGGUAGCGGUUUUGGAAUACGAAGGACUCAACGCAACCAGGAACGACUAUCCUGAAGGAGAUCCUGAUUAUGAAAGCUCGCAUAGGGACGGACUGCAAGUCAACGCGUUGAAUAAAGGAGUAGAAAGCAACUCAACUGCUUUUCUAUCGAUGCCAGAUAUCGAAUCGUUGACUGAAUGGGAUGACAGUCUUCGGAAAAAGCCAGACAUACAGUACUAUGUUGCUUACGAUUUUUAUAAAAUAGACAAUCACGACUUCCACAGAAGACCGGAUUAUGGAUUUUUCAACAUGACUGACCCGAAUAUGCAGCUGCUAACGCCUCAAUUCAAUCAUAUAACGAUGUCACUUCUGCCGUUCCCUCUGCUGCCACAACGUGACGAGAUCGCUGACGACGCCUUCUGCAAUGCGGAGACAUUAAAAGGAAGGAAUUGCCUAACUGACCAUUGCCAAUGCACGCAUGCCAUACAGAUCCCCUUAGAUUCCGUGGUGGAAUUGAUUUUUGUGGACGAGGGCUUCGCCUUUGACGCCAAUCAUCCAUUGCAUCUUCAUGGAUAUGCCUUCAGAGUAGUGGCCAUGGAAAGGGUUGGAAAGAACGUGACUGUGGAAGAGGUGAAAGAUAGGGACAGAAGAGGGUUGAUCAAGAGAAAUUUGCUGAAUCCGCCGGUGAAGGAUACCGUUACGGUGCCCGAUGGGGGAUACACUAUCGUUAGGUUCAAGGCUGACAACCCAGGUUAUUGGAUUUUCCAUUGUCACAUCGAAUUCCAUGCCGAAAUCGGGAUGGCCAUGGUGCUACAAGUAGGCGAAAAAGAGGACAUGCUACCGGUUCCCACGAAUUUCCCUAGAUGCGGCAAUUACCUGCCAGAGUUUCUAGACGAUGAUACGAGCAAAAAACCGAACAGCGCAUCAGGAUUUUCGGGAAUAUCGAUCAUCGUUCCGUUAUUCAUGAUAAUCUGUUUGCGACUUUAGAAGGUAACUUAGGAGUAGGAUUAAGAGAGAAAGAAAACCCGUGAAGCUUCUUCGUGGGCCAUUUUAUUUUUAUACCCUUUAGCAGAAUGUACACGGUGUCCCGCUAUGAAUUGACAGCCCUCUUGAUCUCUUUUAGUGAAAAAGAUGUGGGAUCUACUUCAUCUAAUAUAAAUGUUUUCAGGCAAUGUGGUUGUGCUAGAAAAGUGCUAUCAAGUAAAGCUGUAUUUUUAAAAUGGAACACCUUGUAUAUUGUAGCGUUUUUAUGGGUUCUUUUGGAUGUGGAUUAAAACACUGGAUUCCACUAAUUUAUUUAACUUGAUAGAACAUUUAUAUACACCACUAUUUAUGUCUGACUAAUUCUUAUGUCGCCAUUGACUGCACUAUACUCCACUCCGCUCUGCUCUGAUGUAAUAUGUACUCUCUGCCCCCAUCUCCCGGCUAACGAGUUAUAUAUAGUCCCAAUUGCUGCUUCGAGAAAGGCCUAAAGAAUCGGAAUAGAAGCGACUAUCAUUUCUACAAAACGUAUACAGGGUGUUUCAUUGAAAAUAUAUAAUUUUAUUCAAUAGCAGCUUUGUGAGACACAAAAAGGAUAUUGAAUGAAAAAGUUGGCAUUAUACAGAAUGUUGUACACAACCCUUUUUUCAAGGUUGGCAUACAAAAAGUUAGAAAGGGGACCAUUUUUAUGACGGGACACCUGUAAAUUGUAAGGAUAAAUUCAUCAGUAUUAUCUCGUUAAAUAAGUUAAUAGUCUAUAAUCUAAAAUAACUGUGGAUAGUUCAAUAAUAUUUAACAAACCGAUUACAAUGCCGAAGCAAACCAGUUUAAGUUUAAUUUUUAAUUUCUGAUGCUUUGGGACGCUUGAGCUCUAAUCUUAUUCACAAUUUUUACUACCAAUUUCAUACCGUUGUUUGUUUGUUUGUUUAAGAUUUAUUUAGCAUGAUUGCUACAAUUACAUUCUUCUAAAAAACUAAACAAUUACAUAACAUAGAGACAUUCAGAAAAAAAAACAAAAUUUGCAUCUCGAAGAACUUUCAUUGUCCAUGAAAUAUUCCUUUAAUUUUCUUUUAAAUAUCUUUAAAUUACAAGUAGACUUUAUAUCAUUAUUUAGUUUAUUAAUUUCAAGU